GAAGAUAAGACUCGUUUUUAAAGCAUAUCAGCAAGCAGUGUUGUCUAUGGUUCUCUCUCACAUAACAACUUAACUAACUGUUGACACUUAGAGCAUCCAUCUAUCCAUCAUGUCGCUCGCUUCCAUUUCUUCCGCAUUCUCCUCGUUCUCAAUUUCCUCCCGUUCCACUUCACUCUCAUUUUCAACUUCAAUUUCUAAGAAUCCCUCUUCUCAAUUCCUCAAAUUUCAACAACAACAACAUGAAAGACCAAAAAGAGGAGUGGUUGUGAUGAGUAUGGAGGCAGGUGUUGGAGUCAUGGGUACCAAACUCGGAAUGAUGAGUUUUUUCGAAACUAACGGAGAAGUUGUUCCCGUCACUAUCGUCGGUUUCAGAGAAGGCAACAUUGUCACUCAGAUCAAAACCGACGCCACCGACGGUUACAACGCUGUCCAAAUCGGUUACCGUAGGGUUAGGGACCGGAAAUUGACCAAACCAGAAUUGGGUCAUCUUGAAAAGGCUGGAGCCAUUCCGAUGCGCCAUCUUCAGGAGUUUCGUCUUCCAACUGUCGAUGGAUUUGAACCUAAUCAGCGCCUUGUCUUUGAUGAAAUUUUCAAAGAGGGUGAUCUUGUUGAUAUCUCUGGCACCACCAUUGGCAAGGGUUUCCAAGGUGGUAUCAAGCGUCAUAACUUCAAGAGGGGUCCAAUGAGCCAUGGUUCCAAGAGUCAUAGACAACUGGGUUCAAUUGGUGCCGGAACUACACCUGGUAGGGUAUACAAGGGGAAAAAGAUGCCUGGGAGGAUGGGUGGAACCAAAACCAAGAUCAGAAAGCUUAAGAUUGUUAAAAUUGAUAAAGAGCUUAAUGUUAUCAUGAUCAAAGGUGCUCUGCCUGGUAAGCCUGGAAAUCUUUUGCGGAUAGCUCCGGCCAAGAUUGUUGGCAAGAACAUUCCUAAGAAUUAGUCUCUUUCUCUUGUAAGAUUUCUGUUUUUGUUUUCUUCUUACUUUGUGUUGUCUUUGAUUAGUUUGUUUGUAACUGUUGUAAAAUUUAUGUAUACUACUAUUCCCUUUCUCAAACUGUUGCAUUGAUUCUGUUAUACAGCCCCUUAACAAUUUAUGAAA